AUGGAGAACAAGAGUGAGGAAGUAUCAAAUUAUUCAAAGAUAUGCAAGAGAUGUAAGCAAACAUACAACCCUGCUUCUAAUUCUUCAACUUCUUGCCGUUUCCAUCCUUCCUUCUUCGUAUGUCGCCGUCACGACGACCAAAAAAGGUACUAUGAAUUGGGGCCAAACGAUCCACCCUAUGCUGCCAAGUUCUAUGAUUGCUGUGGGGCAGAAGACCCUGAGGCAUCUGGCUGCACUACCUAUUUUCAUGUCUCUUACGAUGAAGAAUGA